AUCUAUUUGCUUUCGUCUCCGUACAACAGCUACGCCAUCUUUCUAUGGAUGGUAGUAUAUGAAGAACGCUAUCUACUGGAUUCUGCUCCCAUGCUGUCUCACCAGACACGGACGCGGAUUAUGCGCCCGUUGACCCAGAGCAAUCCGAGAGCAUGUUUACAACGCCCCAGAUUCCCAUUGCGGUCGCAAGGCACUGAUAUACCUGUAUUUCAACGAUACUUGCACACUCCGCGUCGUCCCUCGCGAUGUCCGCUAUCAACGAAGGUUCCAUUUAACUUCCACAACCAAUUACAGAGAUCAAUUCGCUUUGGCCAUACCAAGCCUCCCUUGAAACAGAGAAGCAGGACCGUGAGGAUUAUAUACAAUUUGUUCGCAUACUGUGGUAUAUUUGUUGUUAUUGGUGGCGUGCUAGUUGUUGGAUUUUUCGUUUACGAUGCUACCACCUACCGCCAUGAUUUGAGUUUUGAUAACAUCCAAGUCUCUGAAUUGGCGUUGAAUCCUCGCCUAGGCGGACCGAAAAACCUCCCAAUCGCGGAUGUGCUGAUUGAUGACCACGAUUCGGAAGUCAUGAGAGAACAACGCGAUAAGCCGAAACUAGUCAUCCUAGGAACGGGUUGGGGAAGUGUGUCCCUGUUGAAGACUCUGCGUCCAGGAGAUUACCAUGUCACAGUGGUUUCUCCUGUAAAUUACUUCCUGUUUACACCCAUGCUACCAUCUGCGACUGUUGGAACAAUUGGCUUGAGAUCUUUGGUCGAGCCGGUCAGAUCCAUUGUUCAGCGAGUUCGAGGCCAUUUCCUCCGCGCAGAGGCGGUGGAUGUUGAAUUUUCAGAGAAGCUCGUAGAGGUAUCGCAGCUAGAUAGCAAUGGACAAGAACAGCGUUUCUAUUUACCAUAUGAUAAAUUGGUCAUUGGUGUUGGUUCAACCACAAAUCCGCAUGGAGUAAAAGGCCUUGAACACUGCAAUUUCCUGAAAUCCAUUGAUGAUGCGAGGAAAAUCAAAAACAAAGUCCUAGACAAUCUAGAACUUGCCUGUCUCCCUUCAACGAGUGAUGAGGAGCGUAGAAGGCUUCUUUCAUUCGUGGUAUGUGGUGGAGGGCCCACGGGAGUUGAAUUUGCCGCGGAAAUUUUUGAUAUGCUCAACGAAGAUUUGUUCAGAUCGUUUCCCCGGAUACUGAGGAACGAAAUCUCCGUUCAUCUCAUUCAAAGCCGUUCUCAUAUUCUCAAUACAUAUGAUCAAACUCUAUCUGAGUAUGCAGAGCGACGGUUUGCAAAUGAUCAAGUCGACGUCCUUACAAACUCGCGGGUCAAGGAAGUGAAGAAAGACAAAAUUCUUUUCACACAGAUUGAAGACGGAAAGCCAAUUUUAAAAGAGCUUCCCAUGGGAUUCUCACAAUCCACAUUCUGUAAACAGCUCGCUGAGAAACUCAAUGCUCAGACCAACAAGCUUACUCUCCUAACGGAUUCCCAUCUUCGUGUGAAUGGCACCCCAAUGGGUGAUGUAUAUGCCAUCGGAGACUGCUCUAGCGUCCAAAACAACGUGGCAGACCAUAUCAUAACUUUCCUUCGAACCAUCGCCUGGGAAAAGGGCAAAGACCCAGAAAAAGUCCACCUCACUUUCGCGGAAUGGCGGAACGUAGCCCAGCGUGUGAAGAGGAGAUUUCCACAGGCAUCUGGCCAUCUACGCCGGCUUGAUAGGCUCUUCGAACAAUAUGACAAAGACCGCAGCGGCACUCUCGAUUUCGACGAGCUGCGUGAGCUCCUCGUCCAAAUAGACUCCAAGCUGACAUCAUUGCCUGCAACAGCGCAAAGAGCGAAUCAGCAAGGAAAAUAUCUGGGCCUCAAGUUCAAUAAGAUCGCGCAGGCCAUGCCUGGUAUGAAGGCCAACGAGGUAGACUAUGGCGACCUGGACGAAGCUGUCUACAAAGCGUUUCAAUACAAACAUCUCGGUAGUUUGGCAUAUAUUGGCAAUGCCGCGAUUUUUGACUUCAAUGGAGUGAGUUGGGGAGGCGGAUUACUGGGGGUGUACCUUUGGCGAAGUAUAUAUUUCGCCCAGAGCGUCAGUUUACGGACGAGGAUUUUGUUAGCUAUGGAUUGGUCGAAGAGAGCUAUUUUUGGAAGAGAUAUGACAAGCUUUUAACAGCAAGAGCAUGUUAUUGUUAUACCCUGUGCGAGCCAACAUUUACUUUAUUAUCUUUCCGCCAUAUAAAAAUAAACAUAUAAGCCAAGGCCAUGAAACCCGAUUUCCAUAGAUGCGAGCGAUACACUACAAACUUAUUUAUAUACCAAUACUAUUCACUGAUAUCUCCUUUUAGCCUACGCGUUUCGAAGUUGAUAAAUACGGGCAUAAUGGCAGCCCAUUUGCCGUCCUCUUUAUACAAUCAAGUCAAAUAUAGAUUUCCUUGAACAGUUGACUCUUUGACGGAGAGGGCGAGAUUCCAAUCACCGGACUCUUUCUUUAGAGAAACAUUUGACUUUUGUAUAUCCAAACGUUCGGAGCAUACAUUUUUCAUCUGUGGCAUUAUUUAUUUUUGUCUUUAGACAGUGUUUUUGCGGUUUCUGGUUCUAUUCUGUUUUGGAUGGAUUUCCCCGCUUGAUGCGUUGGCUAUCACUUUGAUUUAAUCGACUACGUUCCAGAAAUCCCUCUUCGUGCUAGGUCGUUAACCUUGUAUAUGUCCACAUGUAGGAGGACUCUG